CAGAUGAACAUGGAGGACGAGCCAGCUCCGUACAUCAUCCCUGCCGGCGACGGGGCCGCCGUCGGCAUGCAGCAGUCCGUCCUAGCCGAACUCGAUUUCCUCCCCUCACACCACACCGGUGGCUGCAGCUUUCCCUCCUCAUCCUCCACCUCCUCCUCGUUCCGUUCGGCCUCGCUCUCUUGCAGCCCGGAGAACUCCUCGGCGCACGCCCUCGCGACGCCCGCCGCCGGCCUGCAGUUCCCGGAGGUCUCCUCGCAUGUACCGCCGCUGGUGCUCCCAUGUGACGAUGACUACCACCAGUACGUCCUGAACUUCCACGACACGGCCGCAAUGGAGCCUGCCGUGGUGCCGGCAAGCGCGUUCAGCCGCUACGCGCGGCACCUCGGCGCGAGGCGGAGGCCGAAGCCGGCAUGCGGGCAGAAGAUGUUCAAGAAAUCCAUGUCCGUCCUGGUCAAGAUGCAAACGGCGGUGAGGUACAGCCACCAGCAGCACCACUUCCAGCAAGCGUCGGCGGUGGCCGAGCUGUCGUCGGUGAACCAGCUGCAGCACAUGAUCUCCGAGCGCAAGCGCCGGGAGAAGCUCAACGACAGCUUCCAGGCUCUCAAGACCGUCCUUCCUCGCGGCUCCAAGAAAGACAAGACGUCGAUACUGAUCACCGCGAGGGAGUACGUGAAGUCCCUCAAGUCCAAGGUCUGCGACCUCGAGGAGAAGAACAAGGCGCUCCAGGCGCAGCUGGCCGAGUGUGCCCGCGCCGCCGGCCGGGUCGAAGAAGACGACGCCGAGAAGGUCGAAAUCCAAAUAACCAGAGCGGCGGCGGAUCGGGAAGAUGGGACGACAACGAGUGAGGUUUGCACGGUGAAGAUAGCAGCGAGGCCGGCGCAUGGCAACACGAACGUGGUGCUCAGGACGCUGCAGUGCCUCAAUGACCAGAUGGGGGAAGAGGACGUCAGCCUGGUGGCCAUGAGCACCAGCUAUGGCGACGGCGUCAACGGCCUCACCGGAGCAUUCCUGACGAUGCAGCUCAAAGUAAUACACUCUUCUUAUUCUUAUUCUUUUCUUUACAGUAUGCUUAGAUAUUUUGAUGGGAACUCCAUUCGAAAUAAAAUAAAACUGUAUACAUAAUCAACCAACUGAGCUGAGCAUGAUGUAAAAUUGUACUAGCAAGUAGUACAAUCCAGUAACUGGAUCACGUGUUGGCUUCAUAUAUUUCAACAAGUUGGCCAGUGGACGUGUCACACACACUCCGGCCGAAACCCUAAGCGUGCGUGCACACGUGAACUGUAAGCUAGGCUAACCUUAGGUAGGUAGUAAGUGUGUGUACCAGGUUACCUGAGAUUUGUCAUAUGGAAUCUCUCGGUUGACCAAAAUGACCAACGUAGCGCACCAGCAAGCUAGAUUUUUACUACAAUGAUGAUGAAAAGUAGUAACUCAU